AUGGAAACUUUGGGUGCAGUGCGAAGUUUGAGUGAAUUGAAGAAAAUCACCGAGGAUGAGCAGCGUUUGGUGCUAUUGUUGCAGGAAGCCGGUAUAUUGCCGUCGGAGCAAAUGUGCAACAAGUGUAACCGGCGCAUGAAGAUGAAAGCGACCAAAAAAGCUAAUUCGUAUAAAUGGAUAUGCAAGCCGACGACCAGCUGUACCGGGUGGGAGUGUACUGUCCGUACGGACAGUAUAUUCAAGAACUCGCAUCUACCCCUAUCGUUGCAUCCUGACAUAUCGAAGCUGAUAGAAAUAACCUUCGAGUGGUCGCGGGAUGCGAAGCGGACGGACGCAGCAUUGGAGUGCAGUGCCGGCAAAAGUGCCAUAUCGAAAUGGUACGCUAUACUUCGAGCAGUAUCCGCGGAAUACAUCGAGACUAACCAGGCUCCAAUUGGUGGCGAUGGAAUGACCGUCGAGAUUGACGAAUCUGUCGUCACCAAGCGGAAGUACAACCGCGGACGCUUCGCGGAAGGCAACCAAGUCUGGUUGGUCGGCGGUAUCUGCCGCGAGACACGGGAAGUGUUUCUGGAGCUGGUGCAGCAACGGGAUGCUGGCACAUUGCAUGGCAUCAUUGUGCAGCAUGUGGCUCCGGGAACAACGUUAGUGACUGAUGGUUGGAGGGCCUACAACGGCAUCGAACAGUACGGAUAUGUUCACGUAGCGGUCAAUCACUUCGAAAAUUUCGUGGAUCCGGACGAUGGCUUUGUGCACACACAAAAUAUCGAAAACCUGUGGCGUUGGGUAAAGCCCUUUUUAAGAUCUAAGGGCACCAACCGAGGAGCCCUUAUCGCGUACCUACGGGAGUACCAAAUGAAGCGGCGGAACCAGAACGGCUUCCUGAGUGUGUUGCGCGCAAUCAAAGCUGUCCAGGACUUUGGGAACAUGGCCACGCGGGUGCGAUGCAGGUUUAGCUGCGUCGAUACUACUGAUACGCUGAUGGAGAAGAGCGGUCUCGAGCUUAAUCCGAUACGAUGUACUGGUGCUGCAGAUCUUCAACUUGAUCUCGAUUUCAUCUCCAUUAUCACUUCGUUUAUGAAUGUCGAAGUAUAG